UUCUUAUUGUCUUUUGGCCAGUUAUUAGACCACGCACAUUAUAAAUGAAUGGUGACUGUUUCCUUGGUAAUAAUGGGUUAAGUCAUACAAGGAAGUACCUGUGGUCAUUUACAAAGGGAGCAAAGUCCGUGAGAGAAGACAACAGUGAAGGGUUUCCUGGUUAGGCAGCAUUUCCUCAUGAGGAGCUGCUUCACCAUCUGUUUUAUUUUGGAUUUGUUGCUGGUUUAGAAUGAGAUGUUUCCAGAGGACAGUAUUUAAAGCUUGUGUUAAACUGCAUCAGAGAAAUGUCCAGUGAACCACAGAGACCAGGCUCCAGAGAGGUGCUUGACUAUACUGAAGAGUAUGGUUACCACAGUGACCAGCAUUCACUAAGGUUAAGACGGGGUCCGUCUCGAGUGUCCAAUCAGAAUCCGCCUCAGUUCGACUGGAGCUCGCCCCACGAAGAGGAGGAUGAGGAGAGCAGCAGUGGACCGCCUCGAGACCUCAGAGCCACUCCUCUGCCCAUGGCUCUGAAACGAGCUAUAAGGCAGGUGCAGCAAAUGCAGGUACCUGUGGUUUCCAGCAGGGAUUCGUGGAAACGGAAAAAGGCCAAAUCUCUGCGUAAACUCAAAGAUUGCGGCAUGGGAUUCCUCUCCUUUUUCUCUCUGUGGAACAAGACUUUGCAAAAGAUCGGAGGGAACUUCGGAGGUGGUGUCCAGUCCUACUUCCUGUUCCUGCGGUUCUUGGUGGUGCUCAAUUUUGUUUCCUUUUUACUGAUUGCUGGAUUUGUCCUCGUCCCCAGCAUCGUCUUCAGAUCCGUCGGGGCCGCACUUGUUAACAGCACAGGUCACGGGGCAUGCAUGGUUUAUGAUCCUAAUCCUGAAGGCCUGGUGGUGUUCUAUAAUUACUUCCUUGACUUACUUUCAGGAACGGGUUUCAUGGAGUAUUCAUACCUGUUUUAUGGCUACUACAACAACACAAUGGUGGAGGACAAGAACUUCUCCUACAACAUCCCGCUGGCCUACCUCUUCACCGCUGUCUUCUACUUUGUCUUCUGCCUCAUUUGUAUCAUAGCGAGGAUGGGGACUGCUGCUCGAGUUGUCGUGGCAACGGGAAGCAGCACCGUGGGCGACUACAGCAUGAUCGUGUUCACCAGCUGGGACUACGGUUGCCUGGGAGACCGAGCUACCAAACUGAAGCAGAAGAACAUCCACUACCAGCUGCAGGUGGAUCUGGAGGAGGAGAGCAUAAAGAAAAGGGCAGCCGCUCUGACUUUGUCUCAGAAAAUUGUCUUAUACUCUCUACGUGUUUCUAUGUGUUUGGUUUCAUUUGGGCUCAUUAUAGCAGCCUUCUAUGGCAUCUUUGCGGCCACCGAGUUCAGCCAGGUAAAGAGUGGGCAGGGAGGGAUCCUGGGUUUGUUCUUUGAGUAUCUGCCUUCCAUCGUCAUCACCGCCGGAAACUUUGUGGUGCCGCUGCUGUGUGACCAGAUCGCCCUGAUAGAGCGAUACUCCCCCAGCACUACCGUCAUAGUGGCACUGUUACGGUCAGUGUUUCUUCGGCUGGUGAGUCUGGGUGUUCUCCUCUUCACCCUGUGGCGUCAGAUCACCUGCGAAGGGGCUGAAAAUACUGGAGAAUGUAAACUCUGCCAAUACAACCAUGCACUUUACCCGUGCUGGGAAACGCGUGUAGGACAGGAGAUGUAUAAGCUGACUCUGUUUGACUUCCUCAUCAACAUCGCUGUGCUCUUCCUAGUGGAGUUUCCACGCAGGAUGGUGGUGGACAACUGGUCCAAUAAGCUGGCUCAGUGGGUGGGUCGACAGGAGUUUGUGGUUCCCGCCAACGUGCUCGGACUGGUUUAUGGUCAGACUGUGGUUUGGACUGGAGCUCUAUUUUGCCCUUUGCUGCCGCUCAUCAACACCCUCAAGUUUAUCCUCCUCUUCUACUUCAUGAAGAUUACACUCUUCCAUAAUUGUCGGCCAGCACUGAAGACGUUUCGCUCCACCACCUCCACCUUCUUCUUCCUGGUGGUGCUCCUGUUUGGCUUGGGCCUGGGCACAGUUGUCAUGAUAUACAGUCUAUCUGAGAUCCGUCCUUCAAUGAGUUGCGGCCCUUUCCGUUUUUUUCCCAGCAUGUGGUCGAUUGUGCCAACAUCUUUCAACAACCUCUCCAUCGUUACACAGGAGUUUCUCUUCUUCAUCGGUUCCCAGUCAUUCUCCAUCCCCCUGUUUGCAUUAUCUUGUGUGGUGAUGUGCUAUUUUGUGGCCUUAGCCUCCGUCUAUGGAAAAAGUGUUGCCUUGCUAAGAGCUCAGAUUAAACUGGAGGGCCGUGACAAGCAGUUCUUGGUGAAGCAGAUUGAAAUGCUGAGUGGACGACAGCAGAUACUAAAACAGACAGCAGGAGCAUCUAGCUGAACAUAGCGUAUGAACCAUGUUUAGGUUUAACUAACUGCUUAACAUGCGAAAA